AUGAAGAUCCUGAAAGGAUGUCCCAUGUCUCACAAUGGGUCAGAGAAACGGAACAAGAUGGAGCGAACAGGAGUUGUUGAACUUCCUGAAGAAUUUCGCGAUCAAUGUGAAGUAACUGAAAAGAGAUCAAUGGUCGAUGGUCGACGUGUCGUCCAGCAGCGUCAUUCGCAAGAAAGACGGAGUAAUGCAAUAUCUGAUUUUGCUCCAGGACAACGUUCCACGCCGCAGACAUCUCGUAUACCAAAUCCUCUGACUGAGCGUGUUCUGGUGCCUCCUCCAGCAACCGCACCUACAGAGGAAACAAUAUGUAUCCUCAAUCGAAGCCAACUGGCUGCGAGACAAGCAAUUUCCAAAGACCUGCCUGAGUUCGCUGGAAACCCCGAAGAAUGGCCAUUGUUCUUCUCGAUGUACGCGUCAUCAACCCAGAUGUGCGAUUUUAGUAAUGAGGAAAACAUGCUGCGACUACGCAAGUGCCUAAAGGGAAAGGCAUUGGAGGCUGUCAGAUGUCGAUUACUCCAUCCUUCGAAUGUAUCUGGCGUUCUUUCCACAUUGAAAAUGUUAUAUGGCAGACCAGAAACAAUCGUCCAAGCAGCGAUUAGAAAAAUUCGCUCCCUACCAUCCCCGGAGAUCGAUCGACUAGAGACAUUGGUGACCUUCGCACUAACCGUCGAAAAUUUGGUAGCAACAAUAGAAGCAUGUGGAGUACAGGACUUCGUGUACAACGCUUCGCUCAAGUUUGAAUUAGUGGAUAGGCUACCACCAACAUUGCGAUUGGAUUGGGCGAAGUAUUCUCGAGGUAAUCCGGCCCAGAAUCUUACGGAUUUUAGUUCCUGGCUAUAUUGUAUAGCGGAGGAUGCAAGCGCGGUUAUGCAGACCACUACUUUCACUUCACGUAACCGAGGCAACAAGAAAGACGCAUUCAUCAACUUCCAUUCCGAAACUGACGUCAAUUGGUACGGAUCCCCUUCGGUUCCAACAAAUGAGGUUCAUACACAUGGACGAGACACGCCAAACAAGUGCGUCGCGUGCAAAGGUUCAUGUUCAUCGCUUACAAGAUGCAAACGAUUCGUCGACCUGAGCUACGAGUCGAAGUGGGCAGUAAUACGAGAAGCGAAAUUGUGUCGUAAAUGUCUGCGCAAGCACAACGGUACGUGUAGACAACAAGGCAAAUGUGGAGUCAAUGGGUGUAGCUACCUGCACCAUCCUCUACUCCAUGUAGAGAAAAUUGAAGUCGAUAGAAGUUUCCCACACACAGAUGCCGCUACGAACACAAGUUGCAAUGUUCAUCAAAGCCAAACAAAUGAGGUGUUGUUCCGGAUUGUACCCGUCGUACUUUAUGGUCCAUCUAAAAUGGUUCAUACUUACGCGUUUAUUGAUGAUGGUUCCGAGCUGACGCUCAUAGAACACUCUCUUGCGAAAGAGCUAGGACUUCAAGGUUCUCAGAAGACGUUCUGCUUAAAGUGGACAGGUGGAACUACAAGAAUGGAGAAUGAAUCUCACAAGGUGGAACUUGCUAUAUCUCCUACGAGAAAUACAUCUCGGAAGUAUCAUCUGACGAGUGUUCGAACUAUACAGGAGUUAAAACUACGACCACAAACUCUGAUAGCAUCCGAUGUGCAGAGUCGAUAUACCCAUCUUGCUGGCAUUCCUCUCGAAUCCUAUACCGAGGUAAGUCCGCGUAUUCUGAUCGGUUUGGAUAAUGCGCGGCUCGGACAUGCAUUCAAGAGUCGGGAAGGAAAACCAUUCGAGCCGAUAGCCGUCAAAACUCGUCUGGGAUGGAUUGUGUACGGGAACUGCUCGUCCAAACAACUCUUCUGGAGCCACAUCAAUUACCAUGCUGUACAAGUGUGCGAGUGCAACGAAGGCUCUGAUGAAAAUUUACAUGCAGCGAUGAAAACCUAUUUCACUCUUGACAGUAUGGGUAUCUUCAAGCCUGAUAAGCUACAUCCCUCUGUAGAUGACCAACGUGCUACGAAAAUUCUAGAAACGGUGACCUUUCUUAAAGAAGGCCGCUUCGAAUCUGGUCUACUUUUCAAGUACGACACCGUGCGUCUUCCCGACAGCAAAGCGAUGGCCCUCAAAAGAUGGGAAUGUCUUGAGCGCCGAAUGAAGAAAGACGAUGUUUUGGCGAAGACAAUACGGGAAAAAAUGGCCGAAUACGUUCAGAAAGGCAGGAGGAUUCGAGAUGCGAAAUUGGCUACCAAUUCAUCAGCUGUCCUGGCUUCCGUUCAGGAAGAAGUGACUAACGAAAAGAACCUCGGAUUUGGCGAAGAAAACGCCACCGAAAAAGUAUUGGGACUUUGGUGGAAUACUACUGCGGACUACUUCACUUUCAAGGUGUCCCCACGGUACAACCAGGAUCUGCUCUCUGGGCACCGACGACCCACUAAACGCGAGGUGCUCCGAACACUCAUGAUGAUGUUCGAUCCAUUGGGCUUUAUUGCAAACUUUCUCAUGUACCUAAAAGUACUUCUGUAG